UUUUGACUGUGUUUCUGUUUUCUCGAGGGGAGGGAAAACUAAAUUUGAUGCUACACUAGAGUAAAAAAACUCGAUUUUUCCAUCGUGUAGACAUUUUUAGUUUUAUUUGAGCCCUUCUUCUCUUUGAGGAGGAGGGUAUUUCAUUUAGUUUUAUCCGGCGGACUCUGAGGAGAGUUGUGCAUAUCCCGCAAUGUACAUUAAACAGGUUAUUAUUCAGGGGUUUCGCAGCUACAGAGAUCAAACUGUGGUUGACCCCUUCAGCUCCAAACACAAUGUUAUAGUUGGAAGAAAUGGCUCAGGGAAGAGUAACUUCUUCUAUGCCAUCCAGUUUGUACUCAGUGAUGAGUUCAGCCACCUUCGACCGGAGCAACGUCUUGCUCUUCUUCAUGAAGGAACUGGCCCACGAGUCAUUUCAGCCUUUGUGGAAAUUAUAUUUGACAACUCGGACAACAGGCUACCGAUUGAUAAAGAGGAAGUGUCUCUGCGCCGUGUCAUUGGUGCGAAGAAAGACCAGUACUUUCUAGACAAGAAGAUGGUCACUAAAAAUGAUGUGAUGAAUCUGUUGGAGAGCGCUGGUUUUUCUCGCAGUAACCCAUAUUACAUCGUAAAGCAGGGAAAGAUCAAUCAGAUGGCGACUGCGCCUGACUCUCAGCGUCUGAAACUGCUACGAGAGGUGGCCGGCACAAGAGUCUACGAUGAACGUAAAGAGGAAAGCAUCUCGCUCAUGAAGGAAACCGAGGGUAAGAGAGAGAAGAUUAAUGAGUUGCUAAAGUACAUCGAGGAGCGUCUCCAUACUCUGGAGGAUGAAAAAGAGGAACUGGCGCAGUACCAAAAGUGGGACAAAAUGAGAAGAGCUCUGGAGUACACCAUCUACAACCAGGAGCUGAACGAGACCCGGGCCAAGUUGGAUGAGUUAUCCAGUAAGAGAGAGACCUGUGGAGACAAAUCUAGACAACUGCGAGAUGCACAACAAGACGCCAGAGACAAAGUGGAGGAGACGGAGCGUGUUGUGAGGGAGCUGAAGGCUCGCAUCUCCGCCAUGAAGGAGGAGAAGGAACAGCUGAGUGCCGAACGACAGGAGCAGAUCAAACAGAGGACCAAACUGGAGCUCAAAGCCAAAGAUCUGCAGGAUGAGCUGGCAGGAAACAGCGAACAGAGGAAACGCCUGCUAAAGGAGCGCCAGAAACUUCUGGAGAAGAUUGAGGAAAAACAGAAGGAGCUACAGGAAACAGAACCCAAAUUUAACACCGUGAAAGAGAAAGAGGAGAGGGGAAUCGCCCGACUGGCUCAGGCCACACAGGAGCGUACAGACCUAUACGCCAAACAGGGUCGAGGCAGCCAGUUCACCUCUAAAGAGGAAAGAGACAAAUGGAUCAAGAAGGAGCUAAAGUCUCUGGAUCAGGCCAUCAAUGAUAAAAAACGACAGAUCGCAGCCAUCAACAAAGAUCUGGAGGACACAGAGGCCAAUAAAGAGAGAAACCUGGAGCAGUAUAACAAACUUGACCAGGACCUGAAUGAGGUGAAGACCCGUGUGGAGGAGCUUGACAAAAAAUAUUACGAAGUGAAGAACCGUAAGGACGAACUUCAGAGCGAGAGAAACUACCUGUGGAGAGAGGAGAACGCAGAACAGCAAGCGUUGGCAGCCAAACGUGAAGAACUGGAGAAGAAACAACAGCUACUGCGGGCAGCCACCGGAAAGGCUAUUUUGAAUGGUAUCGACAGCAUUAAUAAAGUACUGGAGCAUUUCCGCCGGAAAGGCAUCAACCAGCACGUCAUCAACGGUUAUCACGGCAUAGUCAUGAAUAACUUCGAGUGUGAACCGGCCUUCUACACAUGCGUGGAGGUGACCGCUGGCACCAGGCUGUUUUAUCAUAUUGUGGAGACGGAUGAAGUGAGCACCAAGAUUCUCAUGGAGUUUAAUAAAAUGAAUUUGCCCGGUGAGGUCACAUUCCUGCCCCUCAGCAAACUGGACGUCAGAGACACUGCGUAUCCCGAGACUAAUGAUGCUAUUCCCAUGAUCAGUAAGCUUCGCUACAGUCAGAACUUCGACAAGGCUUUUAAACACGUUUUUGGAAAGACGCUGAUCUGUCGCAGUAUGGAAGUGUCCACACAGCUCGCCAGAGCAUUCACUAUGGACUGCAUCACACUGGAGGGUGAUCAGGUGAGUCAUCGUGGUGCUCUGACCGGUGGAUACUACGACACACGUAAAUCCCGUCUGGAGCUGCAGAAGGACAUGAGGAAAGCGGAGGAGGAGCUUGGAGAACUGGAGGCCAAACUCAAUGAAAACCUUCGGAGAAACAUUGAACGUAUCAAUAAUGAAAUCGACCAGCUGAUGAAUCAGAUGCAGCAGAUCGAGACUCAGCAGAGGAAGUUCAAGGCAUCUCGAGACAGCAUACUGUCAGAGAUGAAGAUGCUGAAGGAAAAGAGACAGCAGUCGGAGAAAACCUUCAUGCCUAAGCAACGCAGUCUUCAGAGUUUGGAGGCCAGUCUCCACGCUAUGGAAAGCACGCGCGAGUCUUUAAAGGCUGAACUGGGAACAGACCUGCUCUCUCAGCUCAGUCUGGAAGACCAGCGCAGGGUGGAUGAUCUUAAUGACGAGAUCAGGCAGCUACAACAGGACAACAGACAGCUGCUGAAUGAGAGAAUUAAGCUGGAGGGAAUCAUGACAAGGGUGGAGACGUACCUCAACGAAAACCUGCGUAAACGACUCGACCAAGUCGAACAGGAACUGAAUGAACUGAGAGAAACUGAGGGAGGAACCGUCCUAACGGCGACAACCUCAGAGUUGGAUGGCAUCAACAAACGGAUAAAAGACACAUUGGCUCGAUCUGAGGAUUUGGACUCCCUCAUCGAUAAGACGGAGCUGGAGAUAAAGGACCACAUAAAAAGUAUGGAGCGUUGGAAGAACAUUGAGAAAGAGCAAAACGAUGCCAUCAACCAUGACACCAAGGAGCUGGAAAAGAUGACCAACAGGCAGGGCAUGUUGCUGAAAAAGAAAGAGGAAUGCAUGAAGAAGAUCCGUGAGCUGGGCUCCCUGCCGCAAGAGGCGUUUGAGAAGUACCAGACGCUCACCCUAAAACAGUUAUUCAGAAAGCUGGAACAGUGUAACACGGAGCUCAAGAAAUACAGCCACGUGAAUAAAAAAGCCCUGGACCAAUUUGUCAACUUUUCCGAGCAGAAGGAGAAACUGAUCAAGAGGCAGGAAGAGUUAGACCGAGGCUACAAGUCCAUCAUGGAGCUCAUGAACGUACUGGAGCUGCGCAAAUAUGAGGCCAUACAGCUCACCUUCAAACAGGUGUCUAAAAAUUUCAGCGAGGUGUUUCAGAAGCUGGUGCCUGGUGGUAAAGCCACACUGGUGAUGAAGAAGGGAGACGCUGAGGGCAGUCAGUCUCAGGACGAGGCGGAGGGGGCAGAUAGCGAAAGAGGAUCUGCAUCCCAGAGCAGUGUGCCCAGCGUGGACCAGUUCACAGGAGUGGGCAUCAGGGUGUCAUUCACAGGUAAACAGGGAGAAAUGAGAGAGAUGCAGCAGUUGUCUGGAGGUCAGAAGUCUCUGGUCGCACUGGCCCUCAUCUUCGCCAUCCAGAAAUGCGACCCUGCUCCGUUCUACCUGUUUGAUGAGAUUGACCAGGCUCUGGAUGCCCAACACAGAAAAGCAGUGUCAGACAUGAUUGUUGAGCUGGCAGGACACGCUCAGUUCAUCACCACAACCUUCAGACCCGAGCUCCUGGAAUCGGCCGAUAAAUUUUACGGUGUCAAAUUCAGAAAUAAGGUGAGUCACAUCGAUGUGAUCACGGCAGAGCAGGCGAAGGACUUCGUGGAGGACGACACCACUCAUGGCUAAGAAAAAAAAAUACCCACACCUCGUUCACUUGUUGUUUCUUCUUCUCUCCAUCUUUUUUGGCACUGUUUCGUUUUUUAAAAAGUCUAAAUGAAUGCAAAAAAAAAUCGUUCUUUUACAAUUAUUUUAUAUUUACCCCUGUUGAUUUUUGCAUUUCAAAGAUAAACACUCAAUAGCAAUUUUCAGUGUUUGGAUUAAAUGUGCCGUUUGUGCUUACGCUUGCUUCAGCCCGAUUUAUUUAAACAUUGUAGACGUGAGUAUUCGAUCACGCUUUUUCCAAAAAAGAGAAAGCUAGUUCGUUGAGACUGAAAGCUUAGGUUUGCAUCAAAACGGCCUUCACUACUAAUAUGAACCGUAUUGAUUACUUUUUUAAAUCUCUACCAAAAUGUCCGGUUUUGUAUGUUUUCCGGACAAGGUUAAUGUUUUUAUCAUUGUUAUGUUGACUGUAACUUUGCAUACAUUAUUUUAGGUCAUUGUGAAACGUAGUCCGUCUUUUAAUGUGUUUUCUGUUACUUAAAAAGACAAUAAAGUUACCCGCAAGACCUUUA